CUAUCAUUUUCCUUCCAAGCAACUUCUCUUGGAAACAAAUCAACAAAAAAUAUCAAAUGUUUAAUAAUGUUAGAAUAUUCAUAGGAGACACAAACAAACAAGGAUACAAAAUUCUCAUACAAUUUGAUUCACCAUGCCAAGCAAGCUAAGGAAGGCUAUUGGAGCAGUAAAGGACCAAACAAGCAUUAGCCUUGCUAAGGUAACCAAUGCAGCCAAUCUUGAAGUCACCAUCCUAAAAGCGACAACCCAUGACAAAAAUCCCAUUGAAGAGCGUUAUAUGAAUGAAAUUUUGAAUAUAGUCUCCUCUAACAAAGUUUAUGCAACUACAUGUGCUCAUUGCAUAAGCAAACGAAUCGGUAAGACCCGCAAUUGGGUUGUUGCUCUCAAAUCUCUCAUGAUUGUCCUAAGAAUAUUUCAAGAUGGUGAUCCAUAUUUUCCUAGGGAAGUUUUCCAUGCAAUGAAAAGGGGUGCCAAAAUCCUCAACCUUUCGAGUUUCAAGGAUGACUCCAAUUCUAGCCCUUGGGAUUACACUACAUUCAUUAGAACAUUUUCUUUGUACCUUGAUGAGCGCUUAGAUUGCUUCCUAACCGGAAAGCUCCAACGACGAUUCACAUACCACAAUCGUUUUCAUAAGAAGAACCAAAAGAACAAGUUAUCCAAUGAGCCUGGUAUCAAAGACAUGAAACCUAUGAUGGUGCUUGAUAAAAUUGCACAUUGGCAAAGAUUGUUGGAUAGAGCUAUAGGCACAUGGCCUGUAGGGUUAGCCAAGACCGAUCGUUUGGUUCAAAUUUCUCUCUAUGCUAUUGUGCAAGAAAGUUUUGAUUUAUAUAAGGAUAUCUAUGAUGGGCUUGUUGUUGUCUUAGAUAGAUUUUUCCAUUUACCAUUUUUAGCGUGUGCUUCGAUAUUCAAUGCUUGUGUUAAAUCCUAUAAGCAAUUUGAUGAGUUGUCUGAUUUUUAUUCUUUUUGUACAAGCAUUGGGGUUGGUAGGUCCUAUGAGUACCCAAGAGUAAAAAAGGUUUCUGAGGAGCUUAUGGAAACAUUACAAGAAUUCUUAAAGGACCACGAUUAUUUUUCCAAAAAUAAUGGUUCAAAACAAUUCAUUUUUCCUCCAUUAAAAGACCCUGUAGGUUCAAGUUCAUCCCAACAUGAAGCUAUUGAAAGACAUUUGACACAUGAAAGAUCUUUUGAAAAAGGAUCUGAAUUUGGCUCACGAUGCACAUCAUUGGAAGAUCUCAUGAGUGCUACUGAUGCCGCUAUGAGUCCUCAAAGAUCAAUUGAGAAAGACAUGUAUUUAGAUCAAUCAAAUAAAGAUGAUGCAAAAACACAAUAUAAUGAUUAUGUUAAUGUGAAUGGUUAUGGUUCAACCAAAUCGUUUCCAAUUGAUCAAUCUUCAAGGUUGAGUUUAGACGUGGUAAGUUUUAAUGAAUUGCAGCAGGAAGUGCAAGAAAACCAAAUAAAUGAGCGGAAACAACAAAACACAAAAUCGGGCUCCACUAAUAGCUCUAAAGAUUGUUGGGAGUUAGUUUUGGCAAAGACAAUAGUUGCACCCAAUGAAACAUCACCCGAAUUGGCAAAUGGAUUUGACCCAUUUGUCACAUUAUUUGAUCAAGCUUCAAUUCCCCAACAAAAGUACAAUCCAUUCUUGGAUGAUAUAGAAACUUAUGCUCCUAUUCCCACAACUAGUGAUAGUUUUAUUAAUGUUUUUGAUGAGGAACCAACAUUUAUGGCAACAACACAAACCUUUUAUGCUCAAGAUCCAAUGGUAUCAACCUUGAUAGAUCAAAGUUCUAGUUCCAUAGCAAAUAUAGAUCUAUUUUUUGAUGACAUGCAUCCAAAUAAGAUAAUAACAAGACCGACUUUCGGUGCACAAGGUUCAUCUAUAGAGACCAACAUGACAGUUACACCAACUUUUAAUACUAAAUCUUUGGAUAACAUUAUUAACGCACCAAGUUUUAAGGCUCAAUGUUCUUCAAAGAAUGAUUCAACUCCCACAUUUCAAAUGAUUAAGUCAAAUUUUGAUGCCACAAUAGAAGCAUCAAAUCUCAAUGCUCUCCAGAAUCCUAACUUGAGUAUUGUUCCCAUACACUUCCAAGAACAAAAUUGGUAUGCUUCAACAAUGCCACCAACUUUUAGCACAAAGGAUGAAAACAGGACAACAUUGGAAACACCUGAAGAGGAUGAUCCCUUUGGACCAUGGCCUAGUGAAAAUAUUGAUGAACAGACAUUACAUUUGUCAAUGCAAGAGGAUGCUUUAUUGCAACAAAAACAACUAUGGUUGGAGCAACAAAAAAGGAUCAUAUCAAAACAUAUGACUUGAGCUUCCAAAUAACAGUG